AUGAUGCACUAAUCUUACAGAAACAGACAGACAGAGAGAGAGAGAGAGAGGCCUGUAGGCUGACUGUUGGUGCUCCUCUUGUUCUGAUCAGAUCCUUGUCCUGGGGAGAGGUGGCUGACCCGAGGAUCUGUUAAAACUCUCAAAAUACUCUUUUUUUUAAAAUGCAAAAGAAAACUUGAAGUCAUUUAUUUUUUUUCUCUCUUUUGAGGGUUUAUUUAUAGGACAGGAUCAUUUCUAAAUCCACAGUGGCGUCAUUCAUAUGGUUACAGUAUCUGGUUGUUUGCUGUUUACUGGGAGCUGAGAAGUGACCUGGACACUAGUCCCAGACCCUCUUGUCUCUGGGUUUAGCAGGUGGGUUAAAAAGGGCUGUCAAUCCUGAGCUUUUAUACUGUAGGGGAAAAAAAGAUAGGAUUUUCUGUGCUGAGAUCAGAGGGAGGAUCAGAGAAGAGAACCAGGAGCAGAGAACUCUGCCUUUAGGUGGUCUCUGCAGUCUGAGAGAGGUAUUUUCCAACUAAACUCAAUAAUAAAAGGAAGUUCUGCUUAUGGCUGCUCAGGGUCCUUAUUCAUAUCCUGCAUAUGGACCCACAGCCCCUCCAUGUCCUUCUGUCCCAGAUUCACAAGGGCCUUAUCCACCACCUCCACAAUAUGGGAUUCCUCCAGCAGGCUUUACCGUUCCUCAACAAGGCUACGCUGCCUACAUGCCACCUACAGCUCCUAUGUUAGGUCAGCAAGGAGGUGGACCAACACAUCCCCAAGUGCAGGGGACGCAAAUGCCAGCCUGGAAUCCAAAUUGUCCUCCUGGACUGGAAUAUCUUACAACAAUUGAUCAGUUACUUGUUCAUCAAAUUGUUGAGCUUCUCGAAGCUUUAGUAGGAUUUGAGACCCAAAACAAAUACGAAGUGAAGAAUAGCUUGGGUCAGAGAAUUUACUUCGCAGUUGAGGAAAGUGAUUUCUGUAACCGAAUGUGCUGUGGAGCUAAUCGAGCGUUCACCAUAAAGAUUUUGGACAACGUAGGACAACCUAUCAUACAGUUUACCCGCCCACUGGCAUGUGGCUUUUGUUGUUGCCCUUGCUGCCUAAACACCAUGGAAGUUGAGGCACCCCCAGGAAAUAUUAUUGGCUAUGUUACUCAGGAGUGGCAUCCCUUUCAACCUAGAUUCAAUGUCCAGGAUGAAAAACAUGAAACUGUGCUGAAAAUCAAAGGCCCUUGUUUGGCAUUCAAUUGUUUCGGUGAUGUAGGCUUUGAAGUGGUGAGUCUGGAUGAAAGCAACAUUGUCGGUAGGAUAACCAAACAGUGGUCAGGGCUGAGUCGAGAAAUGUUCACUGAUUCGGAUAGCUUUGGAAUUCAGUUCCCUAUGGAUUUGGAUGUUAAAGUUAAGGCAGUUCUUCUUGGGGCAUGCUUACUGGUGGAUUUCAUGUACUUUGAACAAAAUUCUGGUGCAAAUCAAGGAGGCUGGCAGUUAGGAUAGUGACAAAAUCCUGGAUCUUGAUGGAAAAUGUCAUGGAACUGUUACUGAAGGGUUUAAAGGUGACCUCCUUGAGCACAAUGGAGGUCAAUAAUGUGCCUGCUUUAAUUUCACCACAGAAUUGAUGAUGAAAACAAGAAUUCUUUGUGAAUUUGGAGUCCACUGUGCUAUUGCAAUGUUUGACUUGGUUACUUUGCAAAAUGUAACAUUUAUUUGCACUAUUUUCUAUCACGAUUUGAAGUCAAUCGUUCUGUAAUAAUGCUUUCAUUGGUUACUUUGCAAAGAUAACUUUUCACUUCAUAUUAUUGGUAAUUUAUUUUGUACACCUUACAGUAUUUUCUAACCAAAGCAGAUGCUGAUUUAUCAGUACAGCUGGCAUUGCCUCUUCACAAUUGUAGUUUUCCAAUUAACAUGUUCCAUAUUUGUAUUUAUUUAUUGUGGUAAUUCUAGUCAACACUAUAAUUAAGAUUAGACAACUUGUUCAUCUAUGUCAAAUUAUACUUUGUUAACAUGAAUGUCAGCACUAAAGAUUUAGAUUUUACUUAAGUAAAGUGCAGCAACCAGAUGUUUUCUUUUGUAAAGUAUAUUUAAUAAAAACAGUUACUGAUGAUGCCUUACACAAUGAUCUUUGUCACACAUUUCAAUUGUAUCAUCAUUUGCAGACUUCCUCUUUAUAUUCAUUGUGAUAGUUUGCAAAAAGCCCAGAAGUGAUGGCAAAUUUAUACAUAACUGGGGGAAAUUAUUCCCAGGUCUAUUUAUGUAGCAUUUCAGAGUGUUCAGAAUUUAACAUAUUCUUAAAUACAGACUUAAUUUUGAAGUUGGGUUUCCAUCAGUUCUCCUAAGAACUACCCAAAAUUAGGUUCGAAGUUGAGUCUUAAAUUCCAUAAUUUUGGUAAAUUCUGGCUGCUCUAAAAUGUUACAGAUAUAAAGUAAAUCUAGACCCGGGUGGAAAUUUUCCUAGUUCUUGGUUAAACCAAAAUUGGAUUGUACAGAUCUGGCCAUCGGUUCCUUGAGUAAAUUGAUCAUUUACCUCAUAACUGUUUGUUGGACUCUAUCACUGGAUAAAGGAUAGAGAGAACUUCAACAUUUUGAGAGAAUGGAUAGAGAAAAAUUGGACCUGGAUGGUGAAUCAAUAAGGGGUAUAAGAUCAGGAUUAUCACUGGAAACAGCAAGUGGAAGUUAGAGGAUUGUUUUUGGCAUGAGUUAUUGAAGUUUAGCCUCUGUUUACCUAGCAGUCAGUAGGAACCUGGUUGUUAAGUUCAUUG